AAUAAGGGCAAAAUCCAAACGGGGCCCGCCCAUCACCAAAACCAGGCCAGAGCGUCAGUUGUCGACGACACAAGAGAUUUCCGUCCGGGGAGGAUCCACUCUUCCGCAGCCUCAACUGUUCAUCCCUUGGCAUCUGCCUCUCUUCCUCAGCAUCAGCGCCCACCGGGAAAAUGUCGCCGACAGUCAUCAAAUUCGGCAUCCUCGGCUGCGCCGAGAUUGCCCGGAAGGUGUCGCGGGCGAUUACCCUCGCCCCAAACGCCACCAUCUACGCCGUCGCCAGCCGCUCCCUCGACAAGGCCACCAAGUUCGCAGCCGAAAACUCCUUCCCCCCGGAGACGAAGCUCUACGGCUCCUACGAUGCCCUCCUCGAGGACCCCGCGGUGGACGCCGUCUACGUCCCCCUCCCCACCAGCCUCCAUAUCCACUGGGCGGUCGUGGCCGCCCGGAAGGGCAAGCACAUCCUCCUCGAGAAGCCCGUGGCCCUGAACGUGGCCGAGUUCGAUGUAAUCGUGAAGGCCUGCGUCGAGAAUGGAGUGCAGCUGAUGGAUGGCACCAUGUGGAUGCAUCAUCCUAGGACCGCCAAGAUGAGGGAGUUCGUCUCCGAUAAGGGGCGAUUCGGAGACGUUAAGGCGAUGCACACGACCUUCACCUUUGCUGGCACUGCCAAUUUCCUCACGAAUGAUAUUCGAGUCAAGCCCGAUCUGGACGGGCUCGGUGCCCUUGGGGAUGCGGGCUGGUACUGUAUUCGGUCUAUCCUCUGGGGAGCUGAUUAUGAGCUGCCGGAGAUCGUAACUGCUCUCCCAGGGCCUGUCUUCAAUGAGGCUGGGGUAAUCUUCUCCUGCGGAGCCUCCCUACGCUGGAAAGACGGGAAGAUUGCAACCUUUCACUGCUCUUUCCUGUCCCAUCUCACAAUGGACAUAACCGCCAUUGGAACAAAGGGAACUCUUCAUGUCCAUGACUUUAUCAUCCCCUUCCAGGAGAAGGAGGCUUCCUUCUCCUUGGCCUCUGAAUCGUGGUUCAAUGACCUCGUGACUGGUUGGGUUCCGAAGCCGAGUGAGCAUUUGGUGAGGACGGAGCUCCCCCAGGAAGCCCUCAUGGUGAAGGAGUUCUCGAGCCUGGUAGAUGCUAUAAAAACGAAGGGCUCCAAGCCUGAGAUGAAAUGGCCGACCAUCAGUCGGAAGACCCAGUUGGUGCUCGACUCAGUGAAGCUGUCGAUUGAGCAAGGCUUUGUGGCUAUCGAGGUCCAUGAGUGAUUUUGAGUCUAGUAAAUCUGUGUUGGGUCUGUGAUUAAUCGCAUUGUCCAUCUGCUUUGAUUGUAUUAUACUCAUGUCACCGAAGGCUUGAGACUUUGAACUUUGCAAUUGAUUGGUGUGGAUUGAAUCACGGACUUUGAACUUUGCAAUUGAUUGGUGUGGAUCGAAUCACGCUCUAUGAA